GGCGCCAGUGCCCGAGGGCCGCCGUACUCGCCCCUUCUUCCCUCGCCGCUGCCGCGCGUGUGCCGUGCCUAGCCGAGCCGGCGGCUGCGGCGGCAGGCGGGGAAGCGCUCCUCACCGCUCCGCCUCCGAUCGCCGCCCGCUGCGGGGAUGUGUGAUUGCCAUGGCGAGGCGGCUCUUCCCGGGGGCCUGGCUCAGGAAACCCCACUACGCGCAGGUACGUCUCUCAUAUAUGCGGAUGAAGUAUCUCUUUAUCUCUUGGUUAGUAGUAUUUGUUGGCAGCUGGGUUACAUAUGUUCAGUACUCCACCUACACAGAACUAUGCAGAGGACAUGACUGUAGGAAAAUAAUAUGUGAUAAAUACAAGACUGGAGUUAUUGAUGGGUCAGCAUGUAGUAGUCUUUGUGCUAAAGAAACACUGUAUUUUGGAAAAUGUUUGUCAACAAAGCCCAAUAACCAGAUGUAUUUAGGAAUCUGGGGAAGUCUGCAAGGUGUUAUAAAAUGCCAGAUGGAAGAAGCAGCUCAGCUUGAUCUUGGUACUGACCCAGAACCAAGGAAGGAAAUAGUCCUAUUUGAUAAACCAACAAGAGGAACCACUGUUGAGAAAUUCAAAGAAAUGGUAUAUAGUCUUUUUAAGGCCAAAUUAGGUGAACAAGGAAAUCUUUCAGAACUGGUUAAUCUCAUCCUCUCUUUUGCCGAUGGAAACAAGGAUGGUAGAGUUUCUUUGCCCGAGGCAAAAUCUGCAUGGGCACUGCUCCAGCUAGAUGAGUUUCUGUUAAUGGUGAUCUUGCAGGAUAAAGAACAUACUCCCAAGUUGAUGGGGUUUUGUGGGAAUCUCUAUGUGACCGAAAGAGUUGAAUAUACCUCUCUCUAUGGAAUCAGCCUUCCGUGGAUUAUAGAACUUUUCAUUCCCUCUGGCUUCAGGAGAAGCAUGGACCAGUGGUUUACUCCAUCAUGGCCAAGAAAAGCAAAAAUAGCCAUAGGGCUUUUAGAAUUUGUGGAAGAUAUUUUUCAUGGACCUUAUGGAAACUUUCUUAUGUGCGAUACAAGUGCCAAAAACUUGGGAUAUAAUGAUAAAUACGAUUUGAAAAUGAUAGACAUGAGAAAAAUUGUGCCAGAAAUGAACCUGAAGGAAAUAAUUAAAGAUCGCCAGUGUGAAUCAGAUUUGGACUGUAUUUAUGGUACAGACUGUAGAACUCUAUGCGACCAAAGCAAAAUGAGAUGUACCACAGAAGUAAUUCAGCCAAAUUUGGCAAAAGCCUGUCAGCUACUUAAAGACUAUCUGCUUCGUGGUGCUCCUUCUGAUAUCCAUGAAGAACUAGAAAAACAACUGUACUUGUGUAUUGCCCUGAAAGUCACAGCAAAUCAGAUGGAGAUGGAGCAUUCCUUAAUACUCAAUAACUUGAAAACUUUACUGUGGAAGAAAAUUUCCCAUACAAAUGAUUCUUAGCUUCUCCACCAGCAGAAGACAAUUGAUGCCUGCCACUAGAGUGGCCCACCCUGUUUGGUAAAAACUAACUCAGCAUUUUUUAAAGAUGGUUCUUUACUCAGAUUUAAUUAAAGAUUCUAACUCUUGCCCUUCAGUCAGUACCUUGUGACAGGGCUUCUCAAAGAAGGAACAUGCCACUGAAUGAUCUGGUAUUCUAGUGCCGUGUUACAGAAACAAAACCCCUGCAUGCUUGACUGUUCUGCGCACUUUGUCAGAUCUUGAACAGGCUGAAAGUAUUCUCUAUGCCACCACAUCAACUGAUGGAACAUCUUAGGAUCCUGUGAAAACCAUUGCUCGCUUGUGAAAUACCCGCGAAAGAAACAUCAUUAUCCCAAGUAGUUUGAUGAAGAACCACCACUACCGCAAAUUACGUGUCUUGAGUCCAAGCUGCUGUUGUGGAUAAACUGAACUGUGAGAUUGAAGUUUACUAAUACCUUGGCAUGGCAGAAUUUGCACAUUAAUAAUUUUUAAACUGUGGAAAAUUAAGAGUGUUCUUCUAAGGACUGACAGGUUAUGAGAGUUAAAUCAGAUUCUGUUUACACCUUGUUACCUCAUGCUUGAAUCUUGAAUGUUUAAGUAGUUAACACUUCUUAAGCCCUUAUACAGUGAACGUUGGGAGCCAAGAAUUUUAGUGUAUGUUAUUUCUGAAAUUCAUGUAUGUAGGCUAACAGCAAUAUCAGCAUCUGUUUCAAAAAAAAACCCUUGUGUUGUACCUCAGUUGAAACCUUUGACCCAAAUUAAGCUGUAGCAAAUACUGAAAAGUAAGGAGUUUGUGGAAUAAGCUAUCAUAUGAGGACCUAAUUUUUUUUAAAUAUUGACAGCAAAAAGUCCUAAAAGUGAAAAUAGGAAGGUUGCAUAAUGUAGGAGUCUGCUGUAUGACAUGUGAAACAAAUAAUAGCUGUGGAUAGUCUUGACUCUUCACUGUCCCUCCAAAUUUAGCUACAGACUUAUACUUAGAUCCUCUUGAGCUAUUGUGGGAAAUAUGUAAGCCAGAGCAUAGAGCUAACCUGUAGGACAGAAGCAGGAUUAUUCAGGAUCACAAAAUACUGCUUAAAUGUUCCACCUCAUUCUUGGCUGUUACCAAGCUCUAGUAUAUUACUGUUCUUUUUUUUUCUAGCAGCAUCUACAAGUCACUGUUAGGUCUCAAGUCAUGAGUAAAUAACCACUACCUGAUCCUGGCACUCCAUAUGGCAUGAUCACUGUACCACCUUUAAUCUGCAUCUAUUGUUUCUCAGAUGCACAUCUAUGUUCACAAUUUUGCAGGAAUAGGUAUCCAUAAAACACCUUAAUACUGUCCUCAAAAACACCUGUUAAUGUUUCAUUUAUAAAUGCUUUAGGUAUGAAGUAGUUCAAUCCUUAAUGAUUUUAAUGGCAGUCAUCCACAUCCUUCUAAAUGCUGGCCCCUUCAUUCAUUUUCAGAGGUAAGCAGGACAAGCUUUAUUUAAAUAUUUGAAAGGUUGUUGAUUGCUUUUAGGUAUCCUUUAUUAAAUGCAUUCCUUGAGCGGUUAAACUGAAAUACAGGACCAACAAAGUCAUUUCUCCAUUCUGUAUGUAACAGUAUGCAGCUUGGGUUGAGAGUGUACUGGUCUGUAAACAUCAGCUUUUUAGUUUAAGAAUUACUCUGCUGAUUAUUUUCUUUAACUUGAUGUCCCUCCACAAGCUCGAAACCAUUUGUAGACAGCAAUGCACUCAAGUGUAAAGUGGCCAUGUUCUUGGUGGAAAAACAUAAUUAUUACUAGGUUUUGGGCAGAGAUUAUUGAAUCCGAACUGUUGGGUAUUUUAAACAACUGGAAAACAUGUUUUAAUAGUGGUUUCUUGUACAGAACCUUCAUUUUUAUUGCUGUUGCCUCAAGUUGGAGCUUUCAUUGGAAAAAAUACAUUGUUUACAAUAUA